UUCCUGUUCUUUUUGUGCCUAUUCCGACAUUCCAUUCCAUUCCAUCCCUCUCUCUCUCUCUCUCUCUCUCUCUCUCUCUCUCUCAACAUUGUAAUCCAUAGUCUGCGCUGUUGAGUACAAGGCCUUGUCGAUUUGCUAAACAGCACAACUGCUUUACAAGAAUUAAAGCGGACAAAAAUGGAGGCUCUUUCUAAGAGAGCAACAACAACUUCCAAUAUACUCUCUGUUCUUCUCUUUGCCUUGCUGGUUUUGAAUUGCUACGCUCAACUUCUGCCCGAAGACGAAGCGCAAACCCUUGCAACAAUAGCGGAAAAGCUACAGAUCAAAGAAUUGAACAUUAACCGGAGUUUUUGCAGUAGCGGCAGAUAUGAGAAUGUGACUGUUGAUGACAGGAUACUUAUCAUUGUCAUUUGCGGUUGCAAUGAAACUGUUUGCCACGUCACAAACAUCCAAUUGAAGGGUCAAAAUUUAACAGGAAAUAUACCAGAAGAAUUUGGGAAUCUGAGUUAUCUGCAAGAAAUAGAUCUCUCUCGUAACUAUUUCAGCGGGUCAGUUCCGACAUCUUUUUCUCAGCUCCCUCUCACAACUCUGUCCCUGUUGGGAAAUCGCAUUAAUGGUUCAAUUCCAAAGGAAAUCGGUGACAUUGCAACUCUUGAGCAUCUGGUCUUGGAAGAUAAUCAGCUUGAAGGACCUCUUCAUCAAAACCUUGGAAAUUUGAGUCGUUUGUUGAGGCUCCUUCUUUCAGGUAACAAUUUUACAGGGACAAUUCCAGACUCAUUCGGCAACCUCAAAAACUUGACAGAUUUUAGGAUAGACGGGAGUACACUCUCUGGGAACACACCUGCUCUGAUUGGGAACUGGACGAAAAUUGACAGACUGGACAUGCAAGGCACGUCCAUGGAUGGCCCCAUUCCUUCUACCAUAUCCCAGCUGAAGAACAUAACUGAGUUGAGAAUAUCAGAUCUGAAUGGCACAAGUAUGACAUUCCCGGAUCUGCAGGAGAUGAAACAGCUGGAAAUUCUGAUACUGAGAAACUGCCUAAUUACGGGUUCCAUCCCAGAUUACAUUGGUGAAUUUACUGCACUUAAAACAUUAGACUUGAGCUUCAACAUGUUAACUGGUCAAAUUCCGGCAACAUUUCGGAGCUUGAAGUUGAAUUUCAUGUUUCUGAAUAACAACUCACUUAGCGGAGCAGUACCUGAUUGGAUAAUAAACAGCAACAAUGACAUCGAUAUAUCGUACAACGAUUUUAUAGGAUCGUCUACAGUUGGUUGCCAGUCAUCAACCGUGAAUUUAAUUUCCAGUCAUUCAACAGCAGAGAGCAACUCAGUUGCUUGGUGCUUGAGGAAAGACCUCCCUUGCUCAAAGACACCCAAACACUAUUCCUUGUUUAUCAACUGUGGAGGUGGCAAAACAACCUUCGAGGGGAAUGAAUAUGAAGAGGACUUAGCCACGGAAGGUCCAUCAUACUUUUACUCUUCUUCCGAAAAAUGGGCUUAUAGCAGCACAGGAGUUUUCACAGGCAAUGGGGGUGCAAGUUACAAGGCAAACAACACAUUCAGUUUAAAUGUGAAUGGUUCAGAAUUUUACCAAACAGCCCGCCUUGCCCCUAAUUCACUGAAGUAUUACGGGCUGUGCUUACGUAAGGGCAGUUAUAAAGUUCGCCUCCAUUUUGCUGAAAUCAUGUACUCAGAUGAUCAGACAUUUAGCAGCCUUGGGAAGCGCCUCUUUGACGUAUCAAUCCAAGGGGAUAAAGUUUUGAAGGACUUCAAUAUAAUGGAGAAAGCUGAAGGCACUGGAAAGGGCACUUUUGUAGAUUUUAACGAUGUUCGUGUUAAUGGUAGCUCUCUGGAGAUCCACCUGUACUGGUCAGGGAAAGGGACUACUGCAAUUCCUAGUAGAGGUGUAUAUGGGCCUCUUAUAUCUGCUAUUUCAGUGACACCAAACUUUGAUCCUCAUACGGGACUCUCUGUUGGAGCUAUUGUUGGCAUUGUGGUUGCUUCAUGUGCGUUCCUUCUGUUGAUCCUGGUUGUACUCCGAAUGAAAGGUUACCUUGGUGGGAAAGACCUUGAAGAUAAAGAACUUCGAGCACUCGAGUUACAAACAGGUUAUUUCAGCUUGAGACAGAUCAAAGCUGCAACCGGUAACUUUGACCCUGCAAACAAAAUUGGCGAAGGAGGAUUCGGGCCAGUUUACAAGGGAGUCCUGCCAGAGGGUGUUGUAAUCGCUGUUAAGCAGCUCUCUUCCAAAUCAAAGCAAGGAAAUCGUGAAUUUGUCAACGAGAUAGGCAUGAUAUCUGCCUUACAACACCCAAAUCUUGUCAGGCUCUUUGGCUGUUGUAUAGAAGGAAACCAGUUGUUGCUAAUAUAUGAAUACAUGGAAAACAAUAGUCUUGCACGUGCACUAUUCGGUCGUGAGGACCAGCGGUUAAAACUAGACUGGCCAACAAGGAAAAAGAUAUGCUUAGGGAUUGCAAGGGGCUUAGCUUAUCUUCAUGAGGAAUCACGGUUGAAAAUUGUUCACAGAGACAUUAAGGCCACCAAUGUGCUGCUUGAUAAGGAUCUCAAUGCUAAGAUAUCAGACUUUGGAUUGGCCAAGCUUGAUGAAGAGGAGAACACCCAUAUCAGCACACGAAUUGCUGGAACAAUAGGAUAUAUGGCUCCUGAAUAUGCCAUGAGGGGUUACUUAACAGAUAAAGCAGACGUUUACAGCUUUGGAAUCGUUGCAUUAGAGAUUGUCAGCGGGAAAAGCAACACGAAUUACAGGCCAAAGGAGGAGUUCGUUUACCUUCUUGACUGGGCAUAUGUCCUACAAGAGCAAGGAAGCCUUUUAGAACUCGUGGACCCCAUUCUCGGUUCACACUACCCAGAAGAAGAAGUCAUGCGCAUGUUAAACAUAGCUCUCUUGUGCACAAAUCCAUCUCCUACACUCAGGCCAUUAAUGUCAUCUGUGGUUAGCAUGCUUGAAGGAAAAAGUCCUAUACAAGCGCCACUGAUUAAACGCGGUUUGCCAAAUGAGGACUUAAGGUUUAAAGCCUUUGAGAGGAUAUCACAGGACAGCCAUUCCCACAUCUCCACUUCUGCAUUCUCUGUGGAUAGUCAAGUGCAGAGAAGCAUGUCAAUGGAUGGGCCGUGGAUCGAUUCUUCGGUUUCUAUUACGAGUAAGAACGAGGUCAGGGAUCGUUCUUCAUCGAGCAAGCUUCUUCCGGAUCUUUAUGAUGUGAAUUUAGAGUUAUAAUUGGUCUAUAUAAUGGAUGCAUAAAUACCAAGGUUUGAUGUUCUUGUUACAUUUCAUUCUAUAUUUUUUGGUUAGGCUUGAUGCUGAUUCUUUCGUAAAUGAUAUUUAUCACGCUGGUUUAGAUUAGACAGACAUGAAUUGGUACGGCUUGCGUAAUAAGGAAAUGGUUUGAAUUCCA